UCUUAGACGCCAGUGGCGCGAAGAACCCAGACGGCGCAGGCGCGGGCGGCGUCCCGGGGGCGGGGAGACGGGGCGCAGGCGCGGACUGUCCCGCGGUGGGCGCCGGGGCAGCCGGGCUCCUGCGUUCGCCUGCAGCGGGCGCGCUGUUCUGGCGGGCCAACGGCGGCCGCCCGACGCCGAGAUUGCCCCGGGGUGGCCCUAGCAGCGGGCCGCGCUGCUACAGCCCUGCGGACUGGGCUCCUCCGGAAGAUCUCGACGGGGUCGAGACCUGAUGGCCAAAAGAAAGAAUGAAAAUUUCUUGUCUCCUGAAAGUGCCAAAAGACCAAGACAAGAAGAGAUGGAAGAUUUUGGUGAAGAUGAAGGUACAGUUUCUUUCAUUAAUGGUACCUCUACUUUGACUGCAGCAGAAGUUGGAAUAAUUGAGAGUAUUCAGUUAAGAAACUUUAUGUGUCAUUCGAUGCUUGGACCCUUUAAAUUUGGAUCUAAUGUCAACUUUGUCGUUGGAAACAAUGGAAGUGGGAAGAGUGCAGUACUCACAGCUCUCAUAGUUGGUCUUGGUGGAAAAGCAGUUGCUACUAAUAGAGGAUCUUCUUUAAAAGGUUUUGUGAAAGAUGGACAGAACUCAGCAGAUAUCUCAAUAACUUUAAGGAACAGAGGAGAUGAUGCAUAUAAAGCAAAUGUGUAUGGUGACUCUAUAAUUGUGCAGCAGCACAUCAGCAUGGAUGGAAGUCGAUCUUACAAACUAAAAAGUAAAGCAGGGGCUGUAGUUUCUACUAGGAAAGAAGAGCUGAUUGCAAUUCUUGAUCAUUUUAACAUACAGGUAGAUAAUCCAGUUUCUGUUUUAACACAAGAGAUGAGCAAGCAGUUCUUACAGUCUAAAAAUGAGGGCGACAAAUAUAAAUUCUUUAUGAAAGCAACCCAACUUGAACAGAUGAAGGAAGAUUAUUCAUAUAUUAUGGAAACAAAAGAAAGAACAAAGGAGCAGAUAAAUCAAGGAGAAGAGCGACUUACUGAACUAAAGCGUCAGUGUUUGGAGAAAGAGGAACGUUUUCAAAGUAUUGCUGGUUUAAGUACAAUGAAGACUAAUUUAGAAUACUUGAAACAUGAAAUGGCUUGGGCAGUGGUCAAUGAAAUUGAAAAGCAGUUGAAUGCUAUCAGAGAUAAUAUUAAAAUUGGAGAAGAUCGUGCUGCUAGACUUGAAAGGAAAAUGGAAGAACAGCAGGUAAGGCUGAAUGAAGCAGAAAAAAAAUACAAGGAUAUUCAAGAUAAACUAGAAAAAAUUAGUCAAGAGACAAAUGCACGAGCACCAGAAUGUAUGAUAUUGAAAGCAGAUGUAACUGCUAAGAAAAGGGCCUAUAAUGAAGCUGAGAUUUUAUAUAACCGUUCACUAAAUGAAUAUAAAGCAUUAAAGAAAGAUGAUGAGCAGCUUUGUAAAAAAAUUGAAGAACUGAAAAAAAGUACCCAUCAAUCUUUGGAACCUGAGCGGUUGGAAAGGCAAAAAAAAAUAUGCUGGUUAAAAGAGAAAAUGAAGGCCCUACAGGAUCAAGAAAGUUCAGUUAAUCAGGAGAUUGAACAGUUUCAGCAGGCCAUAGAAAAAGACAAAGAAGAACAUAACAGAGUUAAAGGAGAAGAAUUAGAUGUGAAGCAUAAACUGAUCAGUAAUCACAGGCAACUAAAAGAAUUGAAAGAUAGUAAAACUGAUCGACUGAAAAGAUUUGGCCCUCAGGUUCCAGCUCUUCUUGAAGCAGUAGAUGAUGCUUAUAGACAAGGACAUUUUACACACAAACCUGUAGGCCCUUUAGGAGCUUGCAUUCAUCUUCAGGAUCCUGAGCUUGCUUUGGCUAUUGAAUCUUGUUUAAAAGGACUUCUGCAGGCCUAUUGUUGCCAUAAUCAUGCUGAUGAAAGAGUGCUUCAAGCACUGAUGAAAAGGUUUUAUUUACCAGGGACUUCCCGGCCACAGAUAAUAGUUUCCGAGUUUCGGAGUGAGAUGUAUGAUGUAAGACACAGAGCUGCUUAUCAUCCUGAGUUUCCAACAGUUCUGACAGCUUUAGAAAUAGAUAAUGCAGUUGUUGCCAACAGCCUGAUUGACAUGAGGGGAAUAGAGACAGUGCUGUUAAUCAAAAAUAAUUCAGUAGCUCGUGCAGUAAUGCAGUCCCAAAAGCCACCCAAGAAUUGUAGAGAAGCUUUUACUGCUGAUGGUGACCAAGUUUUUGCAGGACGUUAUUAUUCAUCUGAAAAUACAAGACCUAAGUUCCUAAGCAAAGAUUUGGAUUCUGAGAUAAGCCUCUUGGAGAAUGUGAUUGAAAAUAAGAAGGCCCAGAUAUUAAAUUUUCAACAACAUUUGUCUGCCCUUGAAAAGGAUAUUAAACGCAAUGAAGAAUUUCUUAAAAAGUGCCAGCUACAUUAUAAAGAGUUAAAGAUGAAAAUAAGAAAAAGUCUGUCUGAAAUUCGGGAACUUGAGAAUAUAGAAGAACACCAGUCUGUAGAUAUUGCAACCUUGGAAGAUGAAGCUCAAGAAAAUAAAAACAAAAUGAAAAUGGUUGAGAAAAAUAUGGAGCAAAAAAAAGAAAAUAUGGAGAAUCUUGAAAGUUUGAAAAUAGAAGCAGAAAACAAGUAUGAUGCUAUUAAAUUGAAAAUUGAUCAGCUAUCAGAGCUAGCAGAUCCACUUAAGGAUGAAUUAAACCUUGCUGAUUCUGAAGUGGAUAACCAAAAACGAGGGAAGCAGCAUUAUGAAGACAAACAGAAAGAACACUUGGAUACUUUAAACAAAAAGAAACGAGAACUGGAUAUGAAAGAGAAAGAACUAGAGGAGAAAAUGUCACAAGCACGACAAAUCUGCCCAGAGCGGAUAGAAGUAGAAAAAUCUGCAUCAAUUCUAGACAAAGAAAUUAAUCGAUUAAGACAAAAGAUACAGGCAGAACAUGCUAGUCAUGGAGAUCGAGAGGAAAUCAUGAGGCAGUACCAAGAAGCAAGAGAGACCUAUCUUGAUCUGGAUAAUAAAGUAAGGACUCUAAAAAAGUUUAUUAAAUUACUGGAAGAAAUAAUGACCCAUAGAUUCAAAACAUAUCAGCAGUUCAGAAGAUGUUUGACCCUGCGAUGCAAAUUGUACUUUGACAAUUUAUUAUCCCAGCGGGCCUAUUGUGGAAAGAUGAAUUUUGACCACAAAAAUGAAACUCUUACUAUAUCAGUUCAGCCUGGAGAGGGAAACAGAGCAGCUUUCAACGACAUGAGGGCCUUGUCUGGAGGUGAACGUUCUUUCUCCACGGUUUGCUUCAUUCUUUCUCUGUGGUCCAUUGCUGAAUCCCCUUUCAGAUGCCUGGAUGAGUUUGAUGUCUACAUGGACAUGGUUAACAGGAGAAUCGCGAUGGACAUGAUCCUCAAGAUGGCAGAUUCUCAGCGUUUCCGACAGUUCAUCCUGCUGACUCCUCAGAGUAUGAGCUCACUUCCUUCAAGUAGACUGAUUAGAAUUCUUCGAAUGUCUGAUCCAGAAAGAGGACAAACUACUUUGCCUUUCCGACCUGUGACUCAAGACGACGACGAUGAUCGAGGUUGAGUUUGUAACUGAAUAUACGUGUCCUCGUGUUGAAGGAUUUGUAAAGGGGAAAAAAAUUCAGGACUAUUUGAUGAAGUAAAAUGACACUGAACAUAUUUCUAAAAUAAUAAAAAAAACCUCCCUUGUGUUUAUGACCACAAUAAAAUGUGUAAAUAAGCCUAGAAAACUAACAAUAACCAGCAAUUUAAAAUUACAGUUACUUUAAAUUUGAGAAAAUCAACUUCAUAGUACUGGUUUUAAAUCUUAAGUUUGGUUUUUUUUAGCCGUCUACUUUUAUAGAUUAUUUUUCAGCUGUAAACUUUUGUACAUAUGUACAUGUACAUAUCUGUUUAGUUUGGGUUCAUUUCUACUGUAUUUUGUAAGAAUAAAAAUAAAAAUUUGAGCACCUGA